ACUAUGAACAAUACAAUAUCUACAAACUCAUUGUGUUUUAUUUGAAUUAUACAUGAUACAUUAAACCAAAGAAAUGUAUGCUUUAUUAAUAAUAAUCUCCAUUUUACAAAGUACAUACCAAAGUGAUGUUGAUUUAAGUGAUGUUAAGAUUUGGGGCCCAGGUUUGGAGCCCCAAAAUUUAGUUUUACCAGCCAGAUACUUCUUUUUACAGACAAAUUUGUCUAAAUUAAAUGAUAACAUUUCAUUUAAAGUGAAUGGGUUAAGUUUAGAUAAGAAGAGACCAUGCAGAGUUUGGUCAAAUAUCUUGAAUAGGAAAGAUGGAUCUUACAUUAUGAGAUACAAACUAUACGAUAGCUGCAGUUAUAUGGAAAUAAAUGUGAAAUACAAGGAUAUACAUUUAGCUAAAUCUCCAUACAUAAUAGAUAAUAUUGUUCAUCCUGAACAGUGCAUUUGCCCGAAAUGGAAUGUUAAUGAAUGGUUGGAUAAUAUGAAAUGUGCAAAAUUACCAAAACAAAUAUCAAGGGAUUUAAGUCAGUUUAAAACAAUUGAUUUUGAUAAGUUAAGAAAAAAGAUAAUUGAUAAAUAUAAUAAACCACAGUCCAUAAGUUUAUGUCAUUAUGUGAUAUUUGAAAACAAAGUAUAUAGAACAUGUUAUGGAAAGUAUGUAGGUUUCAAAAUGUUCAUGGAUAAUAUUUUAUUAUCAAUGACCAGAAAGCUAUUUUUGCCAAACAUGGAAUUCUUUGUUAAUCUUGGAGAUUGGCCUUUAGUGAAUGAUAUAUCUGAAAAAUACCCCAUUAUGUCAUGGUGUGGAAGCACAGAUUCUUUUGAUAUAAUUAUGCCAACCUAUGAUAUAACUGAAUCUACAUUGGAAAAUAUGGGAAGAGUUAUGCUGGACAUGCUUUCAGUUCAAGGUAAUAACGAUCGAUCGUGGGAUGAAAAGGAGCCAGUAGCAUUUUGGAGAGGUCGUGACUCAAAUGCAGCUAGACUUAAGCUUAUAGAGAUUGCUAAAGAUAAUCCUGAUAUGUUCAAUGCUUCUCUAACAAAUUUCUUUUUCUAUAGAGAUCAAGAAGCGAAAUAUGGACCCAAAUCUGAACACAUUUCUUUUUAUAAAUUCUUUGAUUACAAAUACCAGGUUAGCAUAGACGGAACAGUGGCAGCUUACAGGUUUCCCUAUUUAUUAGCUGGAGGAUCAUUGGUCCUUAAGCAAAAGUCUAAAUAUUAUGAACAUUUUUACAAUGAUUUAAAACCAAAUGUUCAUUACAUUCCUGUUGAAAAAGAUUUAUCUGAUUUAUUAGAUAAAUUAAAGUGGGCUAUGCAGAAUGAUGAGGAAGCUAGGAUUAUUGCAAAUAAUGCUAGACAUUAUUCAAAUGAAAAUUUAUUACCUAAAGAUAUAUAUUGUUACCAUGCACAUCUCUUCAAUGAGUAUAGCAAACUUCUUGUAAGCUCAGUCAAUAUAAUUGAAGGCAUGGACAUUGUUGAACAACCACCUGAAGCACAAGUAUGCCAAUGUGGAACAAACACAUUACACAAAGAUGAACUAUAAAUGAUUUUUAAAUAUAUGUUAAAUAAAAAAUACUUGUUCAAAUCAAUGAGCAACUUUGUCAACAUUGA